AUGGGCUCGCUGGCCUUGGCCUCUUUGGGCUUGGGCGCCACACAGUUUUCAGGUGCCAUCCCGGAUCUAACGGACGUGGCCGGGUUGCUGGGUGAUGACACUGUACAGAACAUCAAUUUGUUGGCUCUUGCGUUCCAGCAGAUUCAAGAUUUACGACGCAUUGCGGCGACGUUUGACACGAGUGUUUGGUGGACUUCGCACUUUCUGCGCGAAAGAUCACUCACUGCUCAGCUGUUGUACUCCCGCGGCGAGUCACCAGACAACCCAAAUCGGCGAAGCCCGCUCCCUUUUCUUGGCAUGCGGGACGAUGAUGGAGAAGAGCCUGCAUUCAGCACCGAGAUUGGCUUUCAAUUGCUGCAAUCUCUCCAGCUUUUGCAGAGUGAGGGGUUGGCGGCGCUGUUCGGACUCGAGGCAGCUUCGGUAGCUGGCCUGCUGGAUGUAGGCAGCGACCCAAUCCUGACAGAUUUGCGCUCCUUCCUCUCUAGGAUCACCAACACAACCCGAGAGAACAUAGAGACGACAGUCGUACCAGGCCUGCUAAGCGCUUCGGCAAAUGCAUCCUCUAUUUGCAGUAGUCAAACAAAGCGAACGUGGGGUCAGUUGAUGGCUCGCACACAUGAGCGUUGCCCGUUCUACCGCGCCGUGGUUCCACAGCUGGCACAAGGUCGCCUUUUCAACAGCUUGCAAACGGCAAUCUCUGGCAUGCGUGAUGCCGACUUCACUCAGCUUGAUGAAGACAUGAAGAGGCUUGGUGACUCAGUACCAAUGACGCUGAAUGAAACUGUCCUCGAGGUUUUGGUACGUUUGCAGCAAGACUUUGGCUACAAUCACAGAGUCUAUGAAAUAACUGAGUGGAUGCAAUACUGCCCGGAUGAAAUGGUGAUCGACAGUGCCGCAGAGUGCAAAGUUGCUGCGAGGGUCAUGGGCAAGCAGUGGGGAGGAACAGUCUUCAAAAGAGGUGGGCACAAGGAUUGCAUGUAUGGGCUGCAGGACUGGAAGGUCUACUUCAACCUUGCCAAUGCCUCUGACACACCAACGAGAGCACCCUAUGGGUCAGUUUGCCGUGCGGAGAAGUGGCAGAACUAUACGAAGGCCUAUCAUCUUGUGGGAGCAGGGUUCUGUCGACCUGAAGGUUGCGACCCUGACGAAAGCAGUUGCCGGGUGAAUGGAUACUAUGGGUCUACCGUCACAAAACUUGAUUGCCGAAGGGCUUGUGAGCUGGAGGCAAACUGUAUUGGGUUUUCCUUUAUGCCAAGCAGGACUGAACGCGCCGCGGUCAGUGGAUGCUUUGUCCACACCAACACAAGCACUGCGUCGAGCAUGCCCAAAAAGUGGGUUCCCUAUGAGAAGGACUUUUACAGCAUUGGCGGUGCAUCUGGUGAUUCCUUGGCAAUGUGCUACCGUAUUGAAACGAAGAAUCCGGCUGAGCCACGGAAAAGUGGCUGCUACUUCAAACAACCCACUUCUGGGAAUGGUCGCUGUGGCGGUCCGUUCCUGACUUGGACAGCAGACAACCAUGGUCGCAAGAAUUUGUGGUCCUGGGAGAACGAGGCCCUGUGUUUGCAGCGGAAGACUGAGCACGAUGACUACUGCGGAACUAACACGACCUGGAUGUUCGUGCCAAACCGUGCCGACCAGGCCUUACCGUCGACGGCUGCAAGCGCAGGCUGGCAAAUCUUCACCGAAUUUCGGAUUGCGCUAAAGCCCUCUGCUCUAUUCAACCAAUUCGAGGAGACACUGUCCUUCGAAGCCAAGAAUGCGUUCUGUUUGAUGUCACCAACAGCCCUGGGAGUCGGGAUGCUGUAUAUUGGCAAAUGGGAAACUAUGGACAUUGGAGCGCAGUGGAGCAACCUUUGGGUUGUGGUACCAAUCACCAACAGCGGGGCUGCGCCAAAAGAUGACCACAGUCUGGGCAGUGUGAUGGGGAUGAUGAUUCUGGAUUCCAUUCUCUAUCAGGUCUUGGCCUGGUAUGUAGAGAAGGUCCGUCCUGGCACACUUGGCUUGCCACAACCGUGGUAUUUUCCGUUGUUGCCGUCAUACUGGUGGCCAGAGAAGGGGUUUGAAUCUUUCGGAGUGUCUGGCACAACUCAUGAGCAGUCUGGAAACCGUGAUCUUGAAUGUUGGGAAGAGCCUACUUCUGAGGUGGCUUCCAGAACGUCAGUGCAGAUCCGCGACCUGACAAAGACCUUUUCUAGUGGAAAGCAGGCUCUGAAAGGGAUCACUUUGGACAUGCAUCAAGGCUCCAUCAUGGGUCUACUCGGCCACAAUGGUGCAGGGAAGAGUACCACAAUGUCCAUCAUGACAGGCCUCUACCCGCCCACCACGGGUGAUGUGGUAGUCCAUGGUGUGUCUGUACGAGGGGACUCUCUUGGAGUCCGACGGCAGCUGGGUGUUUGUUUGCAGCACAAUGCAUUGUACGAGAACGUCACCGUCGAGGAGCAUUUGAGGCUUUUUUGCAUGUUAAAGUCAGUACCACUCAAUGAAGUCUCAAGCGAGGUAGACCGCUUGCUUCGAGACACUGGAAUGGAGGUGAAGCGCAAGUCGCCAUCGAGAGCUCUGAGUGGUGGAAUGAAGAGGAAGCUGUCCAUUGCCAUAGCACUUGCGGGCGGUUCCAAGGUAGUCACACUGGACGAGCCUACAGCAGGUGUAGACGCAACAGCCCGACGUGAUAUUUGGCACUUGCUGGUGAAGUACAAGGCUGGGCGAACGAUACUGCUGUCAACCCACUUCAUGGACGAGGCAGACAUCCUUUCUGACCGAAUUGCUGUCAUAGCAGAGGGCCGUCUUACAGCUAUCGCCGGCAGUAUGGCCUUAAAGCGCCACUUUGCUGAUGGCUACACUCUGACCGUGGUUUGCGACGACCAGCGUGAGGGCCAGAAAGUUGCCACAUUUGUCAUCGGUACUGUGCCGCGGGCUACCUUCGUUGGGGCAAGAGGACGAGAAUUUUGUUUUGCCCUGCCCUUCACCAGCCGAUCCAUCUUCCCGAUACUCUUCGAGAAGCUCCAGGACGAUAAGAUGCGGCGUCAGCUCAAGAUCUGCGCAUAUGGAUUGAGCGCAGCAUCUAUGGAGGAGGUCUUCCUGAAAGCAUCAAGUGUUCACGAAAAAGGCUUACAUGGUCAAGUGCGCAACUUGAACUUUGACCCUGUGCCAUUCACGCCAAGAGGAGAAGAAGACAGGCCUCCAAUGCCCUUUAGUGCUGGGAUGCUGGAAGCCUCUGAUGGACAAGUGCUUGAGCGAGAUGACAAGGCAAGCACUCCGAAAGCCGGAGAUAGCAUUGGGGCCACACCUGUAGUUUUAGGCUUGCCUAUCACAGAUCGAAGCGAGCGGUUUGCACAGGAUCACCCGCGUUCUCCGCAAUGCAUGGCCGGUGUUGCCCAGCCGUCAAUGUUGGAGGCCCCUCACUAUUCUCAAUUGAACUCAAGUGGCACCAAGACCUUAACAGUGACAACAUCAAGAGUCGUCACUUGCAGC